CCGGAUAUGGAAUCAUACGUUCUGCACUCGACUGCUUCUCCCUGAAUCUUACGCGAGUCGAUGGCAGAGCUGAUUCUAUCGCUGAUGCAACACUGACAGGUCCGCCCAACCGGCUUCUCUCCCCCACGUCUCACUGUAAGAAGACAGGCUUACUGUGAGGUUGCCCUGCACCAUGGCAGACCAGCUGAGUCCAGAUGAGAAGUUCCACCUAAUUUCAAGGAACCUUCAGGAAGUCCUUGGAGAGGAGAAAGUGAAACAGGUUCUGAAGGAGAGAGAGCUUAAGGUGUACUGGGGCACAGCAACCACCGGAAAACCCCACGUCGCUUACUUUGUCCCCAUGUCCAAGAUAGCAGACUUCCUCAAGGCUGGAUGUGAAGUCACUAUACUGUUUGCAGACUUGCAUGCCUACCUAGACAACAUGAAAGCCCCCUGGGAGCUGCUUGAGCUCAGGGUGAAGUAUUACGAGCAGGUUAUCAAGGCCAUGUUGGAGAGCAUUGGUGUUCCUCUGGACAAGCUCAAGUUUGUCAAAGGAACUGACUACCAGCUCAGCAGGGAGUAUACUCUUGAUGUGUACCGUCUGUCCUCCAUGGUCACUGAGCAUGAUGCUAAAAAGGCUGGAGCUGAGGUGGUCAAACAGGUGGAGCAUCCCCUGCUGAGUGGUCUGCUGUACCCCGGGCUGCAGGCUCUGGAUGAGGAGUACCUCAAGGUGGAUGCCCAGUUCGGAGGAGUUGAUCAGAGGAAGAUUUUCACUCUGGCAGAGAAGUACCUCCCCUCUCUUGGCUAUGCUAAACGUGCUCACCUGAUGAACCCCAUGGUACCUGGACUGACAGGAGCCAAGAUGAGCUCAUCAGAAGAAGAGUCUAAGAUUGAUCUGCUGGACUCCAAAGAAGAUGUGAAGAAGAAGCUGAAGAAGGCUUUCUGUGAGCCAGGCAACAUCCAGAACAAUGGGGUCCUCUCCUUUGUGAGAUACGUUGUUUUCCCUCUGCGUGGAGAGUUCUGUGUUAAGAGGGACGCUAAGUGGGGUGGAGACAAAAUCUACACAGACUUUGAAGAGGUGGAGAAGGACUUUGCUGAGGAGGUAGUCCAUCCAGGAGACCUGAAGGCGUCAGUGGAAGCAGCACUAAACCAACUGCUGGAGCCAAUCAGAAAGAAGUUUGAAUCACCUGAACUCAAGAAACUCACCAACUCUGCCUACCCCAGCCAGUCAAAGACAAAAGGAGCAGGAAAAGGUGCCAAGGCAGGAGCAGGAGGAGGAGGAGGAGGAGGAGGAGGAGGAGGAGAUGAUGAUGAGCUAGCACCCUCCAGACUUGACAUCAGGGUGGGCAAAAUCGUCAGUGUGGAGAAGCAUCCAGAUGCAGACUCGCUCUACCUGGAGAAGAUCGACGUGGGAGAGCCAGAGCCAAGGACGGUAGUGAGCGGGCUGGUGGCCUACGUCUCACAGGAGGACUUACAGGACAGGAUGGUGUUGUUGCUGUGCAAUCUGAAACCCCAGAAGAUGCGAGGGAUUGAGUCUCAAGCCAUGCUGCUGUGUGCCUCUAUUGAGGGGGAGCCGAGGAGGGUAGAGCCUUUGGACCCUCCAGAGGGGUCGUCACCAGGAGAACAGGUUUUUGUGGAGGGAUAUGAGACAGGCAAACCAGACGACAGACUCAACCCAAAGAAGAAAGUUUGGGAGAAGCUACAGGUGGACUUGAAGGUUUCAGACGAGUGUGUGGCUCAGUGGAAAGACCAGCAGCUGAUGACCAAACUAGGACAGAUCACAUGUAAGACACUCAAAGGAGGAAACAUCAGUUAGACACAUCUUUAUCAAAUUAUCCUUUGAAGAUGCCACAUUUCAUCCAAAAUACUCUCAUCAACAAAUCACCAUGAUGACAACGUUCAAACUUCACCUGGAUGUGUUCAGGGAAGAAUGAUGGACAUGGAUGCCAAAACUGCCAGACGGCUUUGGACGGCUUACAAAAAUUCUCUUACCUUGCUUUGAAUUUAUCAGAAAAAAAGAGUCAUAACAACAGUGAUGUAACUUAUCAACAUAUGACUCAUGAGUUAAUGCUAAAGAGACAUGGUGUUGCUAAGAUGACGGAGGUUAGCUUUCUUGAAUGUUGCACUACUUGCUGCCCAUUCCUGGAAGAAUCUCAGGUGUUUGAAAGGGACUUUGUGUUUCAUUAAUUUUCCAGGUUUAAGUCUCUCUGUGUUCAUUGCCUUAAUGGUGUAUGUCAGGGCAGUGACUAAGCUGCAAAUCUAAUGCAUACGGCUGGUAUUGUGUAACAGGAAUCAGGUGUUUAUAAAAAAAAAUCUUCUUGUCAUGUACUGUAAGAAAUAGGAAGUUUGAUCUUUGGGGAAGUGUACAGAAUUCAAUGUCUGGUCAUAAUCUGUCAUAAAAUCUAAUAAUGCAUAAUCUCUAAAAUGAAAUAAACGCUGUCUGGAUUCUGUGGUCGGCAGAAAAUUUGA